CUAAAUUAACUUUUUAGCGUAAGUGUUAAUUAACGAUUAACGAUUGACAAUAUUUUUAAAAAAUCAGUUUCCUGAUGGAAGAAAUACUUCACGCUUUAAAAAUCUUUACAACAAAUGCUGGACUUAUUUUUCAACUUUUAUGCACCUUAUCUUUUGUGUAUAGCUUAAAUGAGAACAUACCAAAUGGCUUUUGUCUGAUAAAAGAGGAGUGUGAUAGAGAAGAUUAUUCAAAUGACUUUAAAACUCUUCCACCAUUGAACCAUCAAACCUAUCUAAUUAAAGAAAAUGAGUUUCCUCAAGUUUUAUGGUGGUAUCCAGACAUUUAUCCACACUAUCUUGAAAAAAAAAUUCACUGCAAACUUGGUAGUUGCUUAAUUACUAAAGAUCGUAAACAACUCACAAACAGAUUAACUAGAGGAAUUAUAUUUUAUGGUACAUUAUUUGAUGGUAGAGAUUUACCUUUACCAAGGUUACCACAUCAUGAGUGGGCAUUAAUCCAUGAAGAAUCUCCAAAAAACAAACGAAUGUUUUCAACUAAGUUGGGCAUCAGCAUAUUCAACCAUACAGCAACAUUUAGACGUGAAUCAGACUAUCCUUUAACCACGCAAAACAUGCAAAUUGUUGGAGAAUGGAUGGAUAAAAGAUAUUUUGUUACAACCAAAGAAAAAAAUCGUCUACAAAAGGAGUUAAAUCUAGCAGCUGUUGUUUAUUUUCAAAGUGAUUGUGAUCCUCCUUCUGAUCGAGAUACAUAUGUAAAAGAACUUAUGAAAUAUAUAGCAGUUGACUCAUAUGGUCCUUGUUUAAACAACAAAAAACCACCAAAAGAAGUCGACGGGUUUCAUCAUCUUUCAAGUGAAACAUUUUAUCACUUUUUGGCUCGUUAUAAGUUUCAGUUAGCUUUUGAAAACUAUUUAUGUCAAGAUUACAUGACAGAAAAACUUUUUCGACCUUUACUCAUUGGAUCAGUUCCAGUGUAUUUAGGGUCUUCUCUAGCUGAAGAAUUCAUGCCCAGUGAAAAAGCCGUAAUCAUGGUACAAGACUUUAGUUCGCCAAAAGAACUAGCGGAAUAUCUAAAACAACUUGAUGCAAAUGAUGAAAAAUACAACGAGUAUUUAAAACAUCGGUACACCGGCAAGUUUUCUAACCCAAAACUUCAUGAGUCUUUAAAACUUCAAAAAUGGUCGCUUCCUGAGGAACAGAUGUUCACGGGGUUUUCUUGUCAUGUUUGUGACAGUUUAAACAAAAGAAACGAGUUUUUAAAGAAACAUCUAGAAAAUCCAAAAAACCCGAUUCUUCCGCCACAAAUUGCUAAGUUUGAACACAUGGGUUGUCCAAAGCAAAGCAAAAUUCUUCCACAUUCAACUAAAAAUAAUUAUGAAGAACUGCUUCAACAUUAUGCAGAACAAGAAGCCAUAGCUGUUAAUAAGAUGUUACAAGCUAACGAAACAGACUCAAAACUUUUUAUAAAAAAAUACUUAAAAAUUAAAACUGAUAACUAUUAUUAGAGUUAUUAGUGUUAAUUAAAAAAUAUUUUAAUAACUAUCGGUUAUUUUUUUAUGUGGUAAAUAAAAAAUCUUUAACCUAAA